CCUGUGUUUACGAAAUCCGGAUCGGAUUAUUGGAACAGCUAACAUGUCGUUUGUGCCACAUUUUUCUAUUUUUGAUAUUUACAACUAUCUUCUUGCGUUUAAUGAGUUUGACCAUGCUAAACUGAGGGACUAUCACCGUAUGGAGGGUUACACCAUGGCCAAGGACGGUUACGUUGUGUAUUUGGAAUCUGUUCCGUAUAUAAACACAGGUUAUGUUGCCGUCAAGGCACAUGUGAAACCCCGAACCAAUGACAACGACCCUGUUAGUAAGAAGGGAUAUUACGCAUGUUGGAUAAUCCUCAAAACAUGUGAUGAAGGAUCCAUUCAUUAUGCAUACUGUACAUGCAAAGGAGGGUAA